UUACUAAAAAUUUUGGGCAGAAAUUAGCUUUCGCAGAGUUCCGGACACUGAUUUGGAAGCAGUAGUAAGAAACCACCUCAGCUCCACUCGGCUCCGCUGCUCUCAGCAGCAUUUCCCAGAUAAAGAUACAAAGCAAACCAAUACAGUGGGGCAAAGUUCAGGGAACUUUGUCUUAUCCGGAGUCAGUAGGAAUCCGUUGCCAUGGUCGACAACAACAAUCUGCGUAGUGCCGUGAUCAGUGAUACGCCCCUGCUGCCUCCAACGUCCAUCGCUGGCGCAGGCCUGUCAGGAGGUGCACCGCCGCCAGAAGCCGUUUUACGGACGCCUUAUGGAAAUGUGAGGGCGCUGCCUGAACCUGCGCAGCCCCCGCCCCUCCCUCAAUCGCCAUUCCUACAGUCCCAGUUUGGAUACGGAGGAGGAUAUGGAGGUAACAGCUACGGCUUGGGAGGUUUCGGUGGCUACAACAGCGGUGCAUUCGGAUACGGUGGCAUGGGAGGCUUUGGUAGCGGGUACGGUUACGGCGGUGGCUAUGGAGGCGGUUAUGGCGGCGGAUACAGCCGUUAUGGAGCCCUAGGUGCCAACGAUCCGGAGCAGCGCUUUAUACAGAUGGCGGAAGCUAGCUCACGACCGGCCUUUCAGAGCAUAGAAUCCCUGGUGUCGGCAAUAGGCAAUAUUGCCUCGAUGCUAGACUCUACAUUCUUUGCCCUGACCAGCUCGUUCCGUGCGAUCCUCGGCGUAGCAGCAAACUUCGGACGACUGCGAAGUGUGUUCGCCCAGUUCUGGACUACUUUUGCUAUUUUCCGAGGCCUGAACUGGAUUUACAGAAAGAUUCUAUACUGGCUUAGAAUCUCCAACCUGGACCCCUCUUCGGAGGCCUUUAAAAAAGCUUUUGCCGAGGCGCUAAACGAAAACAACUCCCAGCCCGGAGGAGCGCCCAAGGUACCCCGAAAAGGAACCUCUCCCUGGCCUGUGCUGGCCUUCCUUAGCUUCAUAUUCACCGCUCCAUAUUUGAUCAUGAAGCUUCUGGGAACAGUGACAAAUACCGCCCAGGAGGAAGCCCGUAAUCCAGCCAAGUGGGUCGCUCCCAUUAAGACUCAGGCUAUUUACGACUUUUUGCCUCGCUCCCAAAACGAGCUCGCGUUGCGCGCUGGCCAGACGCUUCAAGUGGCUCCACGUGAGAUCCAACAGACACUCAACCUGCUCAACACUGGCUGGGCUCUGGCCACCUCAAAUGGACAAACCUCGGGCCUUAUUCCAAUUACCUAUGUAAAGUCUCCUCAGCAAAUGCGGCAGGAGCUCCAGGUUCAGGCAAAGCCAGCCCAGCCGCAGCCUGAGUUGAUGGACUUAUCCUCGGGUGCCUUCCCUGCUCCACCAAAUGAUCACCAAAUGAACUAUGAAUUUAAUUUGGCCGCCCAGCAACAGGAGCCCUUAGGACCACCCUCUACAGCAGAAGCCGUCAAAGAGGAGGGCUUUGCCUAAUUCGAUUGGUUUCCAGGGAGCAUAGUUUUAAGUUUAGUUACGUUUGGUUCAGAUGUAUGUAUUUUUUAGAUGCUUGUAUUUUAAGUUAGAUUCCUCCUUUAUGUACAUUUCCAUUUAGUUACUGAUUAAGUUGAUUCAGCGAUCCCAAUGAACUUAAGUAAAACAUAA